AUGGGAUGCUUUGAUUCCUUAGGAUAUAUCUACCUUGUAAUUGUUAAUGGACUAUUUAUGUUAUUUGCCAUUUUGUUGAUCGUCCCCGGGGCUGUGAUGCUGGCAGACAUCACAUACGUGAAUGAGAAAGUGGUUCCGCUGAUGAAAACCAUGUCGGUGGGGAGCUUUAACGCGGCGGACCUCGCGGACGGUCUGGCCAUUACUAUGGUGGUCAUAGGGGGUCUCAUCCUCGUCAUAGCCACCCUGGGGAUCUGUGGCGCAUGCAAGAAAGCCAAGGGUUGUCUCUGUGUGUAUUCCCUCAUUGUGUUGAGUCUGCUGGUUGGUAAAGUCAUCGUUGUGGUCCUGUGGAUUUUAAUGAAUGCAGAGGUACAGUCGUACUUAAAAUCUCAGCUGUUGUCCCAGCUAACGAAUAAAUACUCGGCGGACGAUCUAACAACGGACGAGAUAUCCACAGCAUUCAACUUCCUGUUUAUGACGCUGGAGUGCUGCGCAGUAAACGCAGUGACGGGACAAACAAACGAUUUUGACAACACCCCUUGGAUAGCUGGAGCCGGAAGUAAACACAUUCCCAUCUUUUGCUGUUCCGGUAUAGACGCCAAUUCUGCUGGCGCCACCUACACGGCCUGUACAGACAACGUGAGCGCGGGUUACUACAGCAUUGGCUGCUACGACGCUUUUUAUAAUCUUAUUAUGAAAUACUCGAUCUACUACAUUGCCGUUGGAGUAACAAUACUUAUAGUCGAGGUCCUAGGGGUUAUAUUUGCCUGCUGUAUGUGCAAAAAAAUCGGCAAGACGGAAAACGGAAAAGUUUAAGGGACAACUGAAGGAGAGAAUGUUGCAACCUCUUUAAGAAAUUCAGUGUAUCUGUGAUAAAUUUAUUAUAUUCUUUUGAAUAAUAUAACAGACGAUAUUAUUUACAUCACAUUGUUACUGAAAUUUGUUUCAAUAAAUAUUUUUUAACAAUUGCAUCAAGCGAUAUUGAAUGAGAAAGAAUGCUACAUCUCACAAUUUGUUGUGGUCAUUAUAGCAAAAUUAC